CUCAAAUCCGAAACAGGUAAGAAAAAUGAAGAAAAGGAAUAUAGCAGAUCUCGUUGUACCUACGCUAUAUCUUGGCGUCUCUCCCUCAUAUCAGCUCUGCAUUGUUGUUGUCCCUUCAGUCAAAACACUUUCUCAGUUCCUUAUUUAAUUUUGCAAAGCUCUCAAGCUCUAAAAGAAGAAAUCAAGGGAAGCUUAAGAAGAAGAAGAAGAUGUCGUGGCAAGCUUAUGUCGAUGAUCACUUGUUGUGUGAUAUUGAAGGCAACCAUCUAAUUUCCGCUGCUAUCAUUGGCCAAGACGGCAGCGUUUGGGCCCAGAGCUCCAAUUUCCCCCAGUUGAAGCAAGAGGAAAUCACUGGCAUCAUGAAUGACUUCAAUGAACCUGGAUCACUUGCCCCAACUGGAUUGUACAUUGGUGGCACUAAAUACAUGGUGAUCCAAGGUGAACCCGGAGCCGUUAUUCGAGGGAAGAAGGGACCGGGAGGUGUUACCGUUAAGAAGACCAGUCUGGCCUUGAUCAUUGGAAUAUAUGAUGAGCCAAUGACACCCGGGCAGUGCAACAUGGUUGUCGAAAGGCUAGGCGAUUAUCUCAUCGAGCAGGGUCUUUAAUCUCUUUGGUGUGCCCUUAUUUGUUGGUUUCUAUACAAAAGUGCACCUGCCACCCAUAUAGUAAUGGUUUGAGUGCAGAUAAAUAAUAGUAUUUUCAAGUCAUGGGAACCUUUUUCCAGUUAUGGAAUGGUUGGUGUUUGUAAUAGUUAUGCUUAUCAUCUCUUGCUUUGUCGAUGUACUCGUUUCAUGAAUGGUAUUAUCGAAGAAUGUCCGAGCGAAAUACUUUGUCUAUGUUUACAGCGUUUCUAAUGGGUUCGUUUAAU